AUGCCCCACGACCCCAACCAAACAGAAGAGGAGCUGUUAAAGAAUCAAUUCUUCAAAGAAUGGCAAUCAACUUCCGUAUUACUGUAUUAUACAGUAAUCUGUGUGUCUGUCGUCACACUUCCAGCCCUCAUUUUCAUGUUCAUUCUGCUGCGGAAAUACAAAAAAUCCAAUUAUUAUCACUUUUUGUGCUCUAUUAUGGCUGGAAACUUUGUUUUACUGGCUACUAUAUUUUCAAAUGUGUUGUCAGAUCGAAAUGUGGCAUUUUUUACGGGUAUUCUUCCCGGUGUUGUUGUAUGCAAAUUAAGCGCAUUUCUGGUCAACACUUCUUCAUUUUUCGUCCACUGGGCAUGGGUAUCAAUGUAUGUGCAGCGCUUCCUCCACGUCUUCUUCCCUCUUCGCGCCCAUCGUGCAGGCGUUAAAAGCAAGGAUAUUAUAUUGGUACUAUUCGCGUUUUCGGUUAUCUCUCAACUCUGGUCACCAAUUCUUAUCACUGAAAUCUCACUUGGCGCCGACGAAUCUUCUGGAACCUAUUGUGCUGAGGAUCCCAAGAUUUUCGGCGAAUCCACAUUGAAAUAUUUGAUAUUUUUCGAAUGUUUCAUGACAUUUUUCCUUCCAUUCGUUCUUACGGUAGUCGUCGAUUUCUCGGUGCUUAUCAUGCGAAAUCCGUGUACGCAGAAGAAGGCGUUUACCGUAAUCUCGGCGGACGAGAUUGUGCAUCAGGAUGAGAAGAGCCCGUUGAAAAUUGUGCAUAAGUCGAAAAUUAUGGCCGACGCAAUCGUCUAUAUAAUUUAUCUCCUUCAAUUUCCCACGGUCCCUCUCUACAUGUAUUGUCUGAAAACCGAUUUUGAUCGAUCAAAAUCGUAA